AUGUUGUUCAGCCGCAUCGUCACCCUCGUCGCCCUCGGCUUCGCCAACCUGAGCCUCGCAGAGUCCGAGGGAGACUCGGAGUUGGAGACGGGCUCACUCACGACGGAAACAGGGUCGCACAUGCACUCGCCACCACUGGAGACACCACCGCCGGAGACAACACCGGCCGGGACGCCUCCGGCAGGGACAACACCGGCCACGACACCACCGGCAGAGUCCCCUUCGGCCACGGACUCGGAGACGGCGGUGCAGACGGCAACGCGCACUUGCGGCUUCAGGCAGGACCCGUGCCCGACCGACCAAGCCUGCAAGCCAAACUUUGCCAGGUGCUGGAUCCCCAGCCGCUGCACCGGAAAAUGCGUCUACCGCAACCGCUACCGGCAAUGCGGCAGCAGCAACCCUCGGGCGCCGAGGUGCGUCCGGCCCAACUACGAGUGCCGGACCGACCCGAGGACGCCCUCCGGGUCGAGCAUCUGCCUCCCGAAGAAGCUCGCGACCUGCGGUGGGAUCACGGGCAAGAAGUGUCCGCGGGGACUGUUUUGCUAUGACGACCCGAGCGACAACUGCAAUCCCGCGAGCGGGGGCGCCGAUUGUCCGGGCGUCUGUGUUUGA